CACACAAUUUAUACUAAGGUCGAAAACCAAGUUCUCAAAACAUCCAGUGUGCACUGCAUCGAGUCAAGAGGAGGAUGGUCCCGAGACUCCGAGAGCACAGCAUAUCGAAUUGGGAUCUUGAGAGCCGAAGUACAGUUUAGUACACAACGCAAUCACCGACUCGAGAAGCCUCCAGCGAUUUAGCAAUUCAGCGAUUCAGCGUUCUGCGGAUCCACGGAAAUGGAACACGAUUUAAAUGUGAGGUAGUUCGAAAUUCGCAUCGUGACAUCGGGUGUGUGGGGAGUCUUUGUCGGGCAGCUUGCCUACGGUAGUCGAUGGCGGCAAUAUUAGUUCUACAUUUGCCCGACACUGUAGAGUCGAACCGGCUACAGACAGUCACCGACGCUCUCGUGACCCGUAAUGCAACCCCUACUGGAGCCUGGCAUCUGCAACAGUAUCUCUUUCGGCGUAUACGGAAUCCAGCCGAUGAUCAAAAUGCUCGAGUACAGCAUAUCGUUUCCAUGAGCCACUUUCCGGAUCAAGCGUUCAUCUGCAUCUCCAGACCGCAUCUUGCACAGAAUGGCGAAGACAGUGAGGUUGGUACCUUUACCCCGUUGGAUCCAGCUUAUGUCAAUUCCGCGGCUGUUUUCCUUCCGACACCGCAGAUGGACUCUUAUAUCGGUAUGAUCAGGCGGCAGUUCGGGCUUCUUUGGGACGCGGGUCCACGUCUGGCGCUCGCGAAUGGAUCGACCUGGGAGCUCGACGAUUUUACGAUUCGGGUCGGAGACCUUCGCCAGACGGCACGCGGAUCGAAUCAAGAGCAUGGUCGAGGACUGUUGGUUGAGAUUUGCCUGUACUCGGAGACCAUUGAAGAUCGCGAACCUGAUCGGAGUAUUCCAGCGAAUUCGAUCAUCGAGAUACUACGUCAUCAACCGGCCCGUGAGAUGACACACCAUCAGUUUGCUGCAUUGAGGACGGUUGAUGAAUUCUGGGAUUCCUUGGGCAUCGCAGGAGCGAGGAAGGCUGGUGGGAUCGCAUUAGAUGCUCGAGGAUACGACGAAAUCAGGUUGCUCUGUGAUAUCUUGCGACUGAGAAGCUGAGGCGAAGACCAUGUUUAUUAUACUAUGAGCAAUCGGAAUAUAUAGUACUCAAAUCCAGAAAUGCGAAUAAUAAUCC